GGAGGCGGGGCGCCGGUUACUGUUGUCCGGGUGGGCGCGGCUUCCGGGUGAGGCCGGGUGUGUGGCUCCGGGAGGGGGAUGGAGUUCGCUGAGCUGAUUAAGACUCCCCGGGUUGACGGGGUGAUUCUGUCCCGGCCCUUCCUGCCCCGGGUGGAGGGGACGCUGUGUCUGACCGGCCACCACCUGAUCCUCUCCUCCCGGCAGGACAACAGUGAGGAGCUGUGGCUGCUGCACAGCAACAUCGACACCAUCGACAAGAGGUUUGUGGGAACAUUGGGUACAAUUACGAUUAAAUGUAAAGAUCUGCGCAUCAUUCACCUGGACAUUCCUGGCAUGGAAGAAUGUUUAAACAUCGCCAGUUCUAUUGAGGCCUUAUCUACUCUGGAUUCCUCCACAUUGAUGUAUCCUUUCUUUUAUCGACCUAUGUUUGAGGUCUUGGAAGAUGGAUGGCACUCCUUCCUUCCGGAACAUGAGUUUACUUUGCUUUCUGCAGUGACAGAUGAAUGGAGACUAAGCUACAUUAAUAAAGAUUUCACUGUCUGCCCCUCCUAUCCUCCCAUUGUCAUGGUGCCAAAGUCAAUCGACGAUGAGAUUCUGAAAAAAGUUGCUACAUUUCGUCAAGGUGGUCGCUUCCCUGUCCUCAGCUACUACCACAAAAAGAACGGAAUGGUAAUGAUGCGCAGUGCACAGCCAUUGACUGGAACCAAUGGAAGACGGUGUAAAGAAGAUGAGAAGUUGAUUAAUGCCACUCUGCGGGCAGGGAAACGUGGUUAUAUCAUUGAUACAAGAUCAGCUAAUGCCGCUCAGCAAGCCAGAACCAAAGGAGGUGGUUUUGAACAAGAAGCACAUUAUCCUCAGUGGAGACGAAUUCACAAGUCCAUAGAGAGGUACCACAUUCUUCAGGAAAGCUUAAUUAAACUGGUUGAAGCUUCCAAUGAUCAGUCCCACAACAUGGAUAGAUGGCUCAGCAAAUUGGAAGCUUCUAGCUGGCUGACUCAUGUUAAGGAAAUAUUAACCACUGCUUGCCUGGCUGCACAGUGUAUAGACAGGGAAGGUGCGUCUGUGCUGGUUCAUGGCAGUGAAGGGAUUGACUCCACUUUACAAGUCACUUCUCUCGCCCAACUUAUUCUAGAUCCACAGUCCAGAACAAUUAAUGGUUUUGAGGCCUUGAUCGAGCGUGAAUGGCUACAGGCUGGUCAUCCAUUCCAGCAGCGAUGUGCUCAGUCAGCUUAUUCCAAUUCGAAACAGAAGAACGAAGCUCCUACAUUCCUCCUGUUUCUGGAUUGCUGCUGGCAGAUCCAGCGCCAAUUCUCAUGCUCUUUUGAAUUUAAUGAACAGUUUCUAAUCGUGCUGUUUGAACAUGCUUAUGCCUCCCAGUUUGGAACCUUCUUGGGCAACAAUGAAAAUGAAAGGCGAAAACUAAAGCUUCAACAGAAAACAGUAUCUCUAUGGUCAUGGAUAAAUAGACCAAAAGAACUGGAGAAGUACUUUAACCCCCUCUAUGAAGCCAACAGCCUAGUUAUCUGGCCUUCAGUGGCACCACAAAGUUUGCAGCUGUGGGAAGGGGUGUUUCUCCGAUGGAACCGUUCCUCAAAAUACUUGGAUGAUGCCUGGGAUGAAAUAAUUCACAUCAUUGAAUCCAAUAAAGAUCUACAGGCAAAAGUAAAUGCACUUCGACGCCAACUAACUGAGCUACAAACGGGAGAUGGCGAACUGAAAAGCCCUUGAAUGUACUUGGCAAAUUUUUAAUCCAUUACAUUUAAUAUAUUUAGAAGUAACAAUUUGUAUAUGAUAUGUGCAUGUCUUUAAUCCCUGACUAUACAGGCGCACAGAGUUCUCUGCAGUGAGAAACUUUAGUUGAAUUCUAGCUAUUAGCAGCAUGACGAUAAUACAAAUGGAUCCCUAAACGGUUUUUGUGGACGGGUGUUUCAGUAUGGUUUUAAAAUAAAAUUGGCUGCGCAGAUUGAGGAGCUGACCACCCUGGGGAAUAAAUGUCUUUUUACAUUUGCAUUUAUUUCUAGGUUUAAGCACUCAGAAUCAAGUACUGCACAAGUCAUAUGAAAAGAAAUUUCCGUAAAUUACUUGGCAUGUAAAUCUCACUCCACCUUAGAGUACACUGUACUUUCACUAAAGGAAUACUUCCACUUACCAUACUGUAUCCUUAAGCCCACUGUGAAUAAAUUGUUGAACUGAGAUGAGUUUCAUAUUGUGGGCUCAUUGGCACUGGCAUAUAUAUAUAUAUAUAAUAUAUAUGGAUAUAUAAUAGGGUGAGAGUAAUUAAAUGUCAACUUAGUUUGUCAAAUAGAAAGUUCACCUAAUUUAUUCUCGUGUUUGUUGAAUUUCAUAACACAUUGAGACAAUUUAUCCAGCUGCAUUGCUUUAUAGUUUACAGUUAAGGUUCAGAAAUUAAACUGUGGGAUGCUAUUGUGUACUUUUGUGUUCAGAUUUUUAAAGGAGCAUUAACAGUAAAGUAAUUGGGUUAACAAUUCUACCAAAAUAGUCGAUGGUGAAAUUUAAGGUAAAUAUGAGUACUUCAGGGCCUGAAUCUUUGGCUAAUAUACCUAGGGAUUUACUGAUUCUAGUUUCUGUUGCCAUUAGUUGUUAAACUGUCUUGUAUCUACACUUGGCCUUGGCCGAAGCAGCUUUCCUUAGAAAUUGUGAUUUGACAAGAAGCAGUUGACAUUUCCUUCGAUGGAAAUACUCAACCCACUGCCUGUCACAAGCAAAGGUCACUGCAAACGCUGCCAGAUGGUUGUCUGCCUGUAGACACCAAUAUGUAAUCAUUUAAAGCCUUAGAAACACUUUUUGUGUCAAGGAAUUUACUAAAAUAUAGAAGAGCUCGGAAUGUGAAGGGUGAACCAAAUUCUGAUUCUGUUGAAAUGUGUUUUGCAAAUAGAAUUUUUCAGCCUGGCAUGUGUAGAUUGUAAAUGAUUUGUAAUUGGUCUCAAGUGCAUUUAUAACAAAAUGAAGUUAAACGAGCAGAUCAUUUUUAUUUGUGGAAGGACCGAAGACAGGCAAAUUAGUUCUUAAUCUGGGAAGGAGGUAAUGUUACAUUUCCUUAAUGCACAGUAAUAGCACAGUAAAAUGAUGCAGAAACCGUGCCUCUCUAGAAUAUUACACAUUGUUCAUCAAAUGAACAAAGGCAUCUAAAUACAUGGAUCUAAUCUGAGAUUUGAGUUCUGAUAGCAUUGUCUGCACCUAAUGAAGAAUAUACUUUAGCUAUAUAAUCUUUUGUAUUGCCUGAUAGGUUUCAUAGAGCAGUGUUACCAUUCCUAAAUUUCUUUAAAGGUAUUUCAAAGAAAUUAUAACUACUUUUAAUAGAGUAUAUUUUCAAGAUUUAAUGAUGAAUUUAACAAUUUAACUGAGUGAGCUGCAGUCUUCUUUAAAUAAUAGAGGUUGCAGAAUGAAAUUUGAACUUAAAAUAUUACCAAGUUUUGGCUGGUAACAAAACAGAAUCGUUUCCAGUCUUUAUUUGGAGUAGCACUUUAUGUUGUUCCACCAGAUUAGGUUCCUGUUGAAACUUUAACUUGACUUUGUUUGCUCCUCUUGUGUUUGAGAGCAUUGUUUCUUGUAUGGGCUAACGUUUGAAGUGAGCUUGGAGUAGUCACCGCUGAUACCAUGGAGUAGUCUUCACAGGAAGUUAACAUCAAUCAGUGUAGAUCCUUAGCUGCACAGGCAUAUGCAUAACUAUUGUACUUGUAGAUACUUCUAUAAAAUACAUGAUCAUGCCAACUUUUCAAAAUAUAUAUCUAUUACACUACAUUACAUUACUUGAAAAAGGUAUUUUGGAAUGUAACAGGUGAACAAAGUUAAUGAAAUAAUGGUUUUUAAGUUGUUGUGUUGGGUAGCACAUAACCUUGUUUCAGGACAUCCUGCAUCGGAUGAGUGAUUUAAGCAUUCAGAGAUGGAAACCAUAUCUAGUUGAAACAAGAGAAUGAACCAAUGAGUUUAAUAACCUCAAUAAAAAUUGAUGUGUAUCUGCAAUUGAAAUGAGUGCCUUUCACACUUUUUCCCCUUUUCCCAAACCCCACCCUACCUCUCUAGGAUGAAAAGAAUGUGGCCUCUUUGUCUGAAAGCAACCAUUCCAAAUGUUGUCAGAUUUUUGGACCACAAGUACUUUUAAUAUCAGAUAACUGCCUCCUUAUCCUAGAGGUGUGGUUGUUGCUGAUAGAAUUUUGUGAUGGACCAGAUUAAUGCUUUUAGUAAAGUGAGAUCCCAUUCUUCAUUGAAGCUAGGGUACAAUUUGUCUGUGCCAGUCACACUGUUAUUACGAAGCUGGAGACAUGAAUACUAAUUGUUUCAAAAAAAAAAUCUCUUGGUGUGCUACCAAUUUGCCCCUUUACCUUUCUUUUAUAGUGUGGUGAAGUUCAUUUAUCAGUGUCAGUGGUAAAUCUAUAGAAGCAUGUAAUUUAUUCCCAUAACUCUAUUUCCAUGGACUAGAAAAACUGGUGUUAAACAUGUUGCAGUGCCAUAAUUUAAUGCUUUGUGAAACAUUUUAUACUAAGCCUGGUAACAGCGUUCAAUCAUUCUAUAUUACAGGAUGCACAUUGUCAUGCCUGUGUACUAAAACGCUGCUGGCUUCAAUCUGUCCGAUUACGUGAACCGGAUGUUUUUAAGUAUAUUUAAAAACAAAUCCAAAUUGAAAACCUUGCUACAUAUUCAAGUCCGUGUUUCCUUUUCUAAUGUGGAAAUUGUAAACUUUGGGCGAUGAAUUUCAUGAAUCAUGUGAUGCUGUGUGAACUGCUGUAAUUCGGUGUGUGCUGUAUAAAUUGUCCAGUGCAUGCAUUGGCUUGAAAUUUUGUACUUUUACUGACAUCAAAUGUUUGAGUAUAUGGACCCCAUCUGCAAUGCUCAUUAACUCUUGUGUUAAGCAAAAUCAUCAUGCAUUGUUUUAAUUUGACUUUUUUGAAAUAAAACCUAAAAUUAU